CGGCUUCGUUGACGUGUCGUGCCCGGUCGGUUUAUAGCUUCACAAGGACUGGAAGGAAGCACAAGAUAGAAAGGAAGGUUUAUUUCCUUUAAGUUCCAGCCUGCAUAAGAACAUCUGUUUCAUGAGCUCCUUGGACAUGGAUGGUUUGAUAUUGAAGAUAGUUUUGCACCGAAGAUAGGAUUUGGGUUUCUUCCGUCUGUAAUACUGGCUCCCCCAGCGGCCCACCGAGUGAGGCUCGUUGGCGCCCAAUAUGGCAGGCGAAGACCUCAUCUUUCACAUGGAGUAUCUUGACAAUGCCAGGCUGACCAAACCAGGUUGUGGGAACUGCCACGAUGCUGACAGCGACGAGGAGGAGAAUUACUAUAUCUGCCCGAUCACCGACGACCCUGUUUUGAGCAAGGCAGCCGGGGAUAAAGUUCAUAACUAUUAUAGCAACUUGGUAAAAAAUGAACAAUAUUCCUCCAGCUCUUCUCCGCAGAAUUCCUUCCAUUUUAGGAAUGGGACUCAGCACCCCUCUAAGCACAGCGCCCCGACUGACCACGGACGGGAAGCCUGGAAACAUGCCAUUGAGAAAGCCAAACACAUGCCCGACCCCUGGGCUGAAUUUCACCUGGAGGACAUCAAAAUGGAAAACGCCACCCGCUACAGGUACAAUGCCGUUACUGGAGAAUGGAUUGAAGACGAGGUCUUGAUCAAAAUGGCUGCACAGCCUUUUGGCCGAGGAGCGAUGCGGGAAUGCUUCCGGACGAAAAAGCUGUCCAAUUUUUUGCACACGCAGAAUUGGAAAGGGGCCUUUAAUUACGUGGCAAAGAGGUACAUCGAGACGGUGAACAGGGACGUCUAUUUUGAGGAUGUGCGGCUCCAAAUGGAAGCCAAGUUGUGGGGAGAAGAAUAUAAUCGCCAUAAGCCCCCCAAGCAGGUAGAUAUUGUCCAGACCUGCAUAAUUGAAAUGAAGAACAGGCCAGGGCGACCUCUUUUCCACCUGGAGCAUUACAUUGAGGGGAAAUACAUCAAAUACAAUUCAAACUCAGGAUUCGUACGAGACGACAACAUCCGUCUGACCCCGCAGGCCUUUAGUCAUUUCACUUUUGAGCGCUCAGGACACCAGCUGAUCAUUGUGGACAUCCAGGGGGUAGGAGACCUUUACACGGAUCCUCAGAUCCAUACCGAGAGCGGCACAGAUUUUGGAGAUGGGAAUCUCGGUGUGCGAGGGAUGGCGUUGUUCUUCCAUUCUCACGCCUGCAACAGGAUUUGUCAAAGUAUGGGGCUGAUGCCUUUCGAUCUCUCCUCCAAAGAGAAGGACGCCUUGUUUCGGAGUAGCAAACUACUCGAAUCGGCUCAGACUGUCGUACGGGGCACAGAAGAGAAAUGUGGCAGUAGCCGUGUGAGAACCGUCUCUGGCAGUCGUCCCCCCCUCCUUUUCCGCCUUUCCGAAAACUCGGGGGACGAAAGCAUGAGCGAUGUGGUGUUCGACUCGUUGCCCUCUUCCCCUUCUUCAGCAACGCCUCACAGCCAAAAAAUGGAGGGUCUUCACUGGCCUGUAUUUAAUGAAGUCGACAACUUGGUCCAGAAAGACCACGAAGGCUUUGACAGUCAAAAGGACUCUGAAAAUGGAGGUGACAGUGGAUACCCCAGUGAGAAAAGGAGUGAUCACGAAGACAUGGAUCACCGAGAAAAAGGUCAUCUUAACUGCAACCGGAGACAUGAAUCUGAUGAAGACAGCUUGGGCAGUUCUGCACGGGUCAGUGUGGAAAAAUGGAAUCUCUACAACGCUGCUCGGGUUCACAUUCACAGACCCUCCUGCGUUGCGGUGGAAGUUCAGAGACUCAACGCCCUGGAACUUGAAAAGAAGAUUGGAAAAUCCAUCCUGGGGAAGGUUCAUCUAGCCAUGGUUCGUUAUCAUGAAGCUGGCCGAUUUUGCGAAAAAGACCAGGGGUGGGACGAAGAUUCAGCGCUGUUUCACCUGGAGCAUGCAGCUGAGUGUGGCGAGCUGGAAGCCAUUGUAGGGCUGGGCCUCAUGCAUUCUCAGCUACCUCAUCACAUACUUUCAGAGGUCACGCUACAGGACACAAAGCAAAACAGAAUCAAGGGCUUUGAAUAUUUGUGCCAAGCAGCAGAAGCUGGAGACCGGCCUUCCAUGAUUCUUGUUGCGAGAGCUUACGAUACCGGUGUGAACCUGGCGCCAGACAGACAGCAGGAUUGGAAAGAAGCCUUGUAUUGGUACGACAAAGCUUUGAACAUGACCGAUUAUGAUGAAGGGGGCGAGUACGAUGGCACCCAGGAUGAGCCUCGCUAUCUCCUCCUUGCAAAAGAGGCAGAGAUGCUGAUGCUGGGAGGAUUUAAUUUGGACAAGGAUCCGCAGAGAUCAGGAGAUCUGUACACGGAAGCUGCUGAAGCUGCUAUCCAAGCUAUGAAAGGGAGACUAGCUAACCAGUACUAUCAGAAAGCUGAAGAAGUUUGGGCCAUGAUGGAGGACUGAAAAGCUUCAAAAGACACUCUUUCCUUGUAUAUAUCAAUACAGAGACCCUUUUUUAAUUUAAAAAGAAAAAAAAAACUUAUUUUAUCCAGAAGCUGGGUAGGGAAGCAGGGGAGAAACAUGUCCCGUGGACGGAUCUUCUUUUAAACGUACGAUCUUUUUUCUUACUCGGUUCUGACUCAGAGCCCAAACAACCCGUAUUUGUGGUAGACCUGAGUCCUGCAGUUCUGAUUCCUCUUGAUACUUUUUUGUACAAUUGUCCGAGCCAGAAAAGUUGGUGUUUUGAUUUGGAAGAAGUCAAAGAUCCUCCGUGCCUGCGUUACAGCUUUAUGAUCGGUAUGGUAGAAGGUUCAUCUUUGGACGUCUCUCACUUGGCUGUUGGCCUCACUCUGCAGAUUUUUUCUGUCGGGGGAAUAUAUUUUGUUCUGGGUGUUUAUUUGCUUAUAAUUCAAGAAUGGAUCCUCCCAAAUUAUUGAACGUUAAGAUAGUGAGGGGGGAACAGUCUAAAUGUCAGAAACAUUUUCUUUUCUAGGCCUAGUUUUUAAAAAGCAUACAUAUCUCUCUGUAAUAGCUUCAGAUGGCUUAUCACUUUAUACAGUUCAUUAUCUGGGUCCUACAAAUGGUGGUGCGUAUAAACAUCUAGACGUUACUAAAACAGCUUUGGAUUAUUUGUGCAUCUCGUUCUAAAACUGGCCUGCACAGCAAAGCAAAAGUCAGUGCCUAAGCAAGCGUGGGUGCGUCCAUUUUACAGAUGAGGAAUACUGAGGCUGAGAGAAAUGCAAUCAGCAGCAGGCAAGCUUGGCAAAGACUGGAAAUCCUUGGCAAUCUACUGCAAAUUCCCCAGGAAUCUGCUGGUCGAUCCUGAUUGACCUUCUGCCAGUCCCUGAUCUAACCAGCUUUGACCCUCUUUUAAGCAACUAGCUGCUCAUUAAAGACACUGUGAGUUUUGCAGCUGAAUCUGUUCUCCCAUCUCUUCCCCCUCCUUUAAAUAACAGUGGAAUGGGGAUUCUUCCCUACGGCCCAGAAAGCAGGGCAUGAAGAUUCAGGUCAAAUGUUGCGGCACGUGGGGUUGCUCUCUUGGAGAACUGCAACCUUUUAGGGAAAUUAUUUUGAAAGUGCUGCGUCUCCUUCCAUGUGCAGAGAUGGCAAAAGCUUUUUUUAGUGAUAAAAAAAAAGAAUCCAAUACUAUUUUUUGCUCAUCCUGAGUGGAAUGGACUGAUGUAUGAACGGAAACAAAUUCAGCUCAAGACAUCUUACUGUUUCGUUUUUCUUUUAAAGUAGUGGUAGCAUUUAUCUUUUUCUGGAUGAUGCUGUGUUCCUCGGCUGCAGCUUAAAGAUUAUUUGCUUGAGUGCAAUUUCACAUUGAUUUUCUUGAUCGUUUGUUUGCAUGACCAAGCUGGAAUUCUGAUAGGAUGAAGUUCGUGUUUCCAAAUACAUCUUAGAUACAGUCCUGGAAUUAAUUUUUCAAAGGUCGGUAUGAAUGCCCUUGUAAUAAAUAAGAAUAGUUUUGCAGAGCGAGGCUGGUGGAAAUGAAAAAUGGACGUAUCCAGAGGCACCCAGGGAGGUCAGAUGAAAAAAGCAGCGUUACACUAUUGUGAUAGCUCCACCCCUUUGUAUGUGCAUUUCACGCAUGUACAAAAGGGCCCAAACUUGUGACGGUAGGAGGCUUUGGGCAUUUUGUUGAAGCAUCAGAUCCUGCAGAUGCCUCAAAUUCUUCUGAGACAGAGCUUUUCUGUAUUUAACUGGAAAUGAAAUUUAAGUGGAAGUUCAGCCUGAGAUUUCAUAAGUGCUAGACUACCCAACAAUAGCCUCCUUUGAACCCAAAAUCUUUCCAUAGUAUUGACUUGAGCAUCAACAUUUUUGCAGUUUUCAGCUUCUGGCUCAGAAGCGUUGCCAACUGAUUUGGCUGCUCUUCUGACAGGUGAGAGGUGUAUGGUUAAUUAAAGGUUUCCUUUUAUUUUGUGUAUAUGUCUACUCUGCAACUUAACAGCAGGAAUUAAAUCUGUAAACUCUGCUGCCCUGCAGAGAACAAUAAGGAACAGUUAAAGUCCUCAUUAUUAUGCCACCAACUGUAUGGAAUACAUUAUAAUAAAACAGCCAGUGAACAGGAAGCUUUUGAGUCAAAGUACAGUAGUCCUUAAAAGCAACAGCAGUGCUUUGGGCAUACUUUCAACAGGUUAUUUCAACAAGUGCACUCAUUUUUUUAAAAAAACAUAUCUAUAAAGUAAAGCUGAUAGCAUAAAUACAACAGUUUAAUGAUGUCAUUGUAUAUAUGUCUAGCCCUUCACUUAACUGCCAAGAACUCUGAAUAAAAAUGGGCAAUUUUAGAGCAGAUGUUUAUUGGAAAUUGUCGAGGUUGCAAUUUCACUUCCCUUUACUUGAAAAUAAGCUCUGCUGAAGUCAGCGGAGUUCAGGAACGCUUAAGCUUGCACAGAAUAGAGUUUGCCGUCUUUGGAUGGCAUUCUGCGAGAUUGUAGGACUUCUUGUUUGUCUAUGCAAUUAAUGGUUAACGUGUGCUUCUGAAACAGGAUCGUUUUAUCUGCUCACGUGAAGGAUUGCUAGGGCAUGUCCCUAGCCGCGUUCACAUGGCCACGUUCUUGGAAAGCAGCAGAUAACGUGUUUAACUUACAUCUGAACUCCCGCAUUUCAGCACCGUACAUGGGAGCUCAAAAGGACUGAUUUCUAUCGAUGCAGAUUCCCUGUGGAUAGGUCAACCAUCGUCAGCCAGAACCCAAGAGUUCAAAGCUUUCUCUGCCGCGUCUUCAUUCCUCCCCGCAGAAACUUUUCUGGUUUGGCCAUAGAAUUCUGCCUGUGAUCCCUCCUCUGGAUCCAAGAUGGUAGAGGCCACAUUUAAUUUGCUAAACGAAAGAAGACUGCUUUCUCCAGUCUCAUACAGACGGGGAUCUGGAAGCUACCUGUCACCGAUGAACCCACGCUUCCCGCAGCAUGACUACUAGCGAAGGAUGGAGUGAGCAUUUUCUGAAAAACCACAGGUUUCCUGUUGCUGCUGCCAAGGAUUUGCCUUUAAAUCAGAUUGUCAAUUAAUUCCAUUUCCUUUUGCACCCUGUCUUUAUAUGCAUGCUUCUUCUACCUCUCUGCCCAGCAAAAACAUGGCAGAUCUCAUCACGAGCAUCCCAUUAGACUUGUCCUGGAUUUUAUUUACAAGCUUCUGCUAAUUUCAUUUGCUUUACAGAUUGACAGAUCUAAAGUAGCAAUGAGUUUAAUGUUUUGAGCAGUUCUACAUGGUGGGUCUCUAGGACAGAGUUUCUCAACCGUGGCCACUUGAAGAUGUGUGGACUUCAACUCCCAGAAUUGGAGUUGGAGUCCACACGUCUUCAAGUGGCCAAGGUUGAGAAACCCUGCUCUAGGGUAUAAUGUUAUAGUAAGGGUAUAAUGUUAUAGUAAGAGAUGGUAGCAAACAUUGCGGCUAACGAGUUUGGAACUCAUGGCAGAUUGGCCGAGCCAGUUGCAAAGAGUUUUAAAAGCACUCGAGGUAUUAUGUUUACAUUGCCCUGCAAAAAAAUAAAAUAAAAUGCUGUGAUACGUUUUCAAUAAACUUUCUCAAGGAUGAA